AGCUGUAAAGCUGUAGGGCUGUAGAGCUGUAAAUCUGUAGGGCUGCAGGGCUGUAGGGCUGUAGGACUGCAGGGAUGUAGGGCUGUAGAGCUGUAAAGCUGUAGGGCUGUAGAGCUGUAGGGCUGUAGGACUGUAAAGCUGUAGGGCUGUAGAGCUGUAGGGCUGCAGGACUGUAAAGCUGUAGGGCUGUAGAGCUGUAGAGCUGUAGUGCUGUAGAGCUGUAGGGCUGCAGGACUGUAAAGCUGUAGGGCUGUAGAGCUGUAGGGCUGCAGGACUGUAAAGCUGUAGUGCUGUAGAGCUGUAGGGCUGCAGGACUGUAAAGCUGUAGAGCUGCAGGGCUGUAAAGCUGUAGGGCUGUAGGGCUGCAGGUCUGUAAAGCUGUAGGGCUGUAGGGUUGCAGGGCUGUAAAGCUGUAGGGCUGCAGGGCUGCAAAGCUGUAGGGCUGUAGGGCUGCAGGGCUGUAAAGCUGUAGAGCUGUAGGGCUGUAGGCCUAUCUAUUUCAAACCCCACUGCCCCUCACAUACACACGCAGUUCUUCACCUUUAUAUUGUCGCACCGCAAACUUUGAACUGUCCCACAGCAACUCUCAGAUUUCGAAAUAAGACUGUCAAGGGAUCUCUCGCUCUCCAGUUCAGUUAUUCAUUAUUGGUGUGCUGCAGAUCUAUUAAAACAUGCCUCCUCGUGCGUAAAAUGCCGCGCAUGCUGCGUCCUGGCACCGAGGAGUGGAAAACGCGCACUGUCAGUUUCAUUCUCUUUUGUUGGCCUCAUCGUUGCUGUUUUGCAGCGCAGGUCGAAAUUGAGCAGGGGCUGGUGUUUGAGAGAGAAAAUCCGGAUCAGAGAAAGAGCGUCCUUCAGAAGUCCGGCAUGCAUUAAGCAGUGAGAACAUUGUGUUGGUUAUAAAUAUCUCCGUGUGUGCCAGGCCAGCAGAACCACUCCAGCAAGCAGCUACAACACCGACGUAGUCUCAGAGCAUUUGGUAUUAUUCUGUAUGUAAAUCCGGGACAGUACAUUUAGUACAUUUUUAAGUUUCGUACGUUAUGUAUUAAUUUGUGGAUGUCCAUCAUCUAUUUCGUACAAUAUGUUAUACAUUACAAUUCGUACUAUAUGUUACGACUUUUCAGAAUGUACAAUAUCUUGCGAAUAUGCUAAACAUAUGGUAUGUUACAAAUACCAAUUUGUUGUGACUAAUGUUAGCUAGGUGGCUAACGCUAAUGUUAGCUAGCUCUAUGGGUCAGGGUUAUGGGUUAAGGGUUAAGAGUUAGGUUUAAAGAGUUAGGGGUUAUCUAAAUAGGUUAAAGUUUUGGGUGUUAUGGGAAGGGUUAGCUAACAUGCUAAGUAGUUGCAAAGUAGCUAAAAAGUAGUAAAAAAGUAGCAAAGUUGCUAAUUAGCUCAAAUUGUCCCUGAUGAGAUUCGAACAUGCAACCUUUGGGUUACUAGACGUUCGCGUAACACUUGGAUUCAUCCACCCAGACCAACCACUCUCCAUUCAUAUUUUGCUUUAUUAUUUUAAGGCAACUUUUUGUUGUUGUUGUUGUCUUAUGUAAUCAUACCAAACAGUAACAUAUCAUACAAAUUUGAUUGUCCCGGAUUUACAUUUACUAUGUUACAUCUAGUCUAUGAGACCAGUCUGACAAUAUACACCGCCUCGCUGCACGGCCGAACGAGCUCUGCUGGCGCUGGGUCCGUGCGGUGUGCGCACGGUUCCUCUUGCACUGGCACAGCACACUUGAGAGCUCAAGAACCACAACAACAAAAUGCUAGAAGGAGAAGAAGUGGCCUAGCAGAGCCAGAGGACAGACAGAGUUUCCUUCCUUCUUUUUCUUUGUUGGUGUGUUGGGAAGAAUGAAUGUUCCUCUCUCUGUUUUUACCUUCGCUCUGCUGCAGUUGAUUUGCGCCGCUGUUAUCGCCGUCUCCGCGGUAGUAGUCGCUGGAUCGGUUAAAUACGUCUCUUUGGAGGACCAACUUCUGGAAGAGGGUACUAUCAGUGUUUCAGGACGCAGGACUUGCAGACUGUACUGUCGGGUUGGCAUUGGUUUUCAUCUCCAGAUCCAUACUGACGGAAGAGUCAACGGUAGUCAUGAGCCUAGUCAGUUGAGUGUCCUGGAGCUCUUUGCGGUUUCUCAGGGGGUCAUCGGUAUCCGAGGAGUGUACAGCAACAGAUUUUUAGCCAUGAACAAGAGAGGAAGGCUGCAUGCUAUUGAGCGAUUCACGGACGACUGUAGGUUCUGGGAGCGUUUCCAGGAGAGCAGUUACAACACUUAUGCUUCAGUGUUGCACCGGAACCACCGGACGGGACGGGACUGGUACGUGGCCCUGAACAAGAGAGGAAAAUCCAAGAUGGGCUCCAGCCCCAGGGUCAAAUCACAGCACGUUUCUACACACUUCCUCCCCAGGCUCAAUGUGCACGACCUGCAGAGCGUUCGAGGUUUCACCAUCACCGACAGGAGCAAAGAGAGGAGGAAAAACCAGCCGCCACUGACCAAACCGCCCUCACAACCAUACAGGGAUGUUAAUGCAGAGACAGGGAAGAGGGUGCAGACUGUCAAGUACUGGCCCAAGUUUCGGUUUGGAUAGACUGCGGAGUGAUGAGGGAUUAGUUAAUGCAAACUGUAUGUGCGUUAUAUGGAUUGAUAGGAUGGAUUACUGUCCACCAUAAACAUGGACAUGACACCUGUUGCCCUC